AUGACUGGACGCGGCAAAGGUGGCAAGGGCCUCGGCAAGGGUGGUGCCAAGCGUCACCGAAAGAUCUUGCGGGACAACAUCCAGGGUAUCACCAAGCCUGCCAUCCGACGUCUCGCUCGUCGUGGUGGUGUCAAGCGUAUCUCGGCCAUGAUCUACGAAGAGACCCGUGGUGUCUUGAAGACCUUCCUGGAGGGUGUCAUCCGUGAUGCUGUCACAUACACAGAACACGCCAAGCGAAAGACUGUCACAUCUCUUGAUGUUGUCUACGCUCUCAAGAGACAGGGCCGUACCCUCUACGGUUCGUACAUUCCCUCUAUUCUACUCAUGACCAUUACUAACAGGUACUCUUAG